AAGUUUGCGCCGCGGCCACCUGCUGGUCUCGUUCCUCCCAGGCCGGUCCGCAGGGUCGGGUCAUUCUGCCGGGUGGGUCCCAGCUCCGUGCAGGGCCCCCGCGGCUGCCUCCCACACCCCCGCUGCGCCACACUGAACCCCGGACUAGCCCCUCGGAGUGCUGCUGCGACCGAGCACAGUGGGUUCGCAGUGUCCGAGCCAAAGGAACACAAGUCCUGUUCGAAGACAACGUUUUUGCUUUUAUUCGUGACAAGUAAAGGAGGCAGGGGGCUCAUUCCCGAAGCUGUUCCUUGUAUACUAUUUUGUUAAUUACAUGUUGCUGUCGUCUUUGCAGUUGGUUAAACUUACCCCGUUGGGGUUCAGGUCAAACCCCUCUGCAAGAUCCUGUGCGCGGUUCUAGCAUAAAGUAGAAAAGCAUAGUAGGAUCCGCCCCGCCCUUGAGACACUUGUCCUCCCCAACACUCCCCUGUGACCCAAACCAGGAGGGGCUCCUUCUUCCAGCUCCUGGCACGGGCCUGCACUUGAUCCACUCUCUCCAUUCCUGGGGUCACCUCCCUGGUUGGGUGACCGUCACCUUCGAUGUGGAAUAGCACAGAAGGCGGUGUGGCCUCCAUGGUCACUGGUGUGGUCUUCAAAAACUGGGACUUGGACCGGGGCAAACCUCUGCUUCAGACCGCCUGGGCCUCCCUGACGCCCUCUAGCCUCACUGGCCUGCAGCUCUGGAUGUCGCCCUGGGGCCCCUCGCCAGGUUCCAGCCCAGGCGGUCCCUCCAAGGGCACUUCCCUGACCACCUGCUGAAGUCCCUCCCCCUCUCCCGCCACUGGGGUCUGCACACGCUCUGUAGUUAUGUCCAUCUUACAAGUGCCCGGCCUCUGGGCAGACCGAGGGCACUGGGGGCAGAGACCGUGCACACGGCUCUCCAGGGAGCACUCACAUGUGGCGGUCGGUCAAUGAACGAGUUGAUAAGUGCGAUGCCGGCAGCCCCUCUGUUCAGGACGCCUUGAACCCAAGGUGCCCUUGGAGCCCUGUUGUACUGCUGCAGCUUCUCUCCCUGACGCAUGGGUCCUGUCCUCCCCUCCACCCGGCAAACACCUCCCCGGUGCUCACGGUGGCCUUCCCCCCCGCUUGGCGGGCGCCGGGGGCUCUCCUUCCUCUUCUCAGGGCUGGGCCACGUGGGUGCCCAGGAAGCGUCCCAGGGGAUGCCCAGAGGGACCCGGGAGGGUCAGGGACCCUGCGGGGACUCCGCGCCACCUCUUUGCCCGGAUGCCUCACUUAGCUCUUUCUGGAGUUGAGACUCUGUUUUCUUUCCAGUUUUCAAAUUUGCUGGGGACGGUGUAUCGGCGUGGCAACUUGAACUUUACGUGCGAUGGAAAUUCAGUCAUCAGCCCCGUGGGAAAUAGAAUCACUGUGUUCGACCUUAAAAACAACAAGUCCAACACUCUGCCCCUGGCCACUCGGUACAACGUCAAGUGUGUGGGGCUGUCCCCGGACGGCCGCCUCGCCAUCAUCGUCGAUGAAGGGGGCGAGGCGCUGCUGGUCAGCCUGGUGUGCCGGUCCGUGCUCCACCGCUUCCACUUCAAGGGCUCCGUGCACAGCGUCUGCUUCUCCCCUGAUGGCAGGAAGUUUGUUGUCACGAAGGGCAACAUCGCUCAGAUGUACCACGCCCCUGGGAGGAAGCGAGAGUUCAACGCUUUCGUCCUGGACAAAACCUACUUUGGACCCUAUGAUGAGACCACGUGCAUUGACUGGACAGAUGACUCCCGGUGCUUUGCAGUGGGAAGCAAAGACAUGUCCACGUGGGUGUUUGGGGCCGAGCGCUGGGACAACCUCAUCUACUACGCACUAGGGGGACACAAGGACGCCGUGGUGGCCUGCUUCUUUGAAUCCAGCAGCCUAGAUUUAUACACGCUCAGCCAGGACGGGGCCCUGUGUGUGUGGCAGUGUGACACCCCUCCGGAGGGCCUGAGGCUGAAACCCCCCAGGGGCUGGAAGGCAGACCUGCUGCGGAGGGAGGAGGAGGGGGACGAGGACGAGGAGGACGGGGCGCAGGAGACCACCAUCCGAGGGGAAGCCGUGCCGGCCACGGAAGACCAGCAGGGCAAAGUGAAGUACUCUCGGCUGGCCAAGUACUUUUUCAAUAAAGAAGGAGAUUUUAACAACUUGACAGCUGCGGCGUAUCACAAGAAGACCCACCUCUUGGUCACUGGUUUUGCUUCUGGAAUCUUCCACCUCCACGAGCUCCCGGAGUUCAGCCUCAUCCACUCCCUGAGCAUCUCAGAUCAGAGGGUCGAGUCCGUCGCCAUCAACAGCUCCGGGGACUGGAUCGCUUUGGGCUGCUCAGGCCUGGGCCAGCUGCUGGUGUGGGAGUGGCAGAGUGAGUCCUACGUGCUCAAGCAGCAGGGGCACUCCAACAGCAUGGUGUCCCUGGCCUACUCCCCCGAUGGGCAGUACAUCGUGACCGGCGGGGACGACGGCAAGGUCAAGGUGUGGAAUACCCUCAGUGGCUUCUGCUUCAUCACUUUUACGGAGCACUCGAGCGGGGUCACCGGUGUGACCUUCACCACCACCGGCUACGUCAUCGUGACCUCUUCCAUGGAUGGGACCGUGCGGGCCUUUGACCUUCACAGGUACCGGAACUUCCGCACCUUCACGUCCCCACGGCCCACCCAGUUCUCCUGCGUGGCAGUGGACUCGAGUGGGGAGAUCGUUUCUGCCGGGGCCCAGGACUCCUUCGAGAUCUUCAUCUGGUCCAUGCAGACGGGCCGGCUGCUGGAGGUCUUGUCCGGUCACGAGGGUCCCAUCAGCGGUCUGUGCUUUAGCCCGACGAAGUCGGUCCUGGCCAGCGCCUCCUGGGACCGGACGGUACGUCUGUGGGACAUGGUGGACAGCUGGAGAACCACAGAGACGCUGACCCUGACCUCCGACGCUCUGGCUGUGACCUUCCGCCCCGACGGUGCAGAGCUGGCUGUGGCCACCCUAAACUCGCAGAUCACCUUCUGGGACCCUGAGAACGCCGUGCAGACGGGCUCCAUCGAGGGCAGGCACGACCUCAAGACGGGCAGGAGGGAGCUGGACAAGAUCACCGCCAAGCACUCGGCCAAGGGGAAGGCCUUCACCACUCUGUGCUACUCCGCGGAUGGCGAGAGCGUCCUGGCAGGAGGGAUGUCCAAGUUCGUGUGCAUCUACCACGUCAAGGAGCAGGUCCUGAGGAAGAAGUUUGAGAUCUCCUGCAACCUGUCGCUGGACGCCAUGGAGGAAUUUUUGAACCGAAAGAAAAUGACAGAGUUUGGCAACCUGGCGUUAAUUGAUCAAGACGCCGCGGAGGAGAGCGGAGUCGCCAUUCCGUUGCCAGGGGUCAAGAAAGGUGACAUGAGUUCUCGUCACUUCAAACCUGAAAUCAGGGUGACUUCACUCCGCUUCUCUCCCACGGGGCGCUGCUGGGCGGCCACCACCACCGAGGGGCUCCUCAUCUACUCUCUGGAUGCCCAGCUGCUCUUCGACCCGUUCGAGCUGGACACCAGCGUCACCCCUGGGCGGGUCCGGGCGGCGCUGCGGCAGCGGGACUUCACCAGGGCCGUCCUCAUGGCCUUUCGCCUCAACGAGAGGGAGCUGCUGCAGGAGGCCCUGGAGUCCGUGCCCUGGGACGAGAUUGAAGUUAUCAGCUCCUCCCUCCCUGAGCUGUACGUGGAGAAAGUGCUUGAAUUUUUGGCCUCGUCCUUUGAAGUGUCUCGCCAUCUGGAAUUCUACCUUAUCUGGACCCAGAAAUUGCUUCUGGCACACGGACAGAAGCUGAAGUCCAGAGCGGGGACGCUGCUGCCGGUCGUCCAGUUCCUGCAGAAGGGCAUCCAGCGGCACCUGGACGACAUCUCCAAACUCUGUGACUGGAACCGCUACAACAUUCAGUAUGCGCUGGCAGUAUCCAGGCAGCGGGGCGUGAAGCGCCCCUCAGAACCGCUGGGAAGCGAGGAGGAGGCAGACGCAUCCGACCAGGACAGUCUGCAGCUGUUUGGGGCGGGCCCCGGGGAUGGGGACAGGCUGCAGGUGUAGAGCCGGCUGCACUGCAGCCCCAUCGUCUCGGUGAAGACCCUGGAAGAGAUGGAAGCACAGCUGCCUGGGCCCGGAAGUGAGCGGAGGGCGGUCUGGAGCUCUGUGGGACCACUGUCACCAAGGACUCGCUCCUCCUCUGAGAACCAAACUCGGCGGCGGCGGCCGCGGCAUGGAAGGGCGAGCCGACUACGGGUGUGAGAUUAAAAAAAGACCGCGCGUCGGCUGUUAUACUUGAUCUUAGCUGAAAGGCCGAGAAGCAAUGAGCGUCUACUAUUGAGAACACCUUUCGAAGAGGCAAAUGGGUUCAUGUUUAUAGACUCAAACUCUAUACAAAAGUUAUUUAUAUUUUUAAUAUAAAAUUUUGAUGAUAAACUUAGAGAUGAAAGGGAUGAGGUUUUCUAACGGG